AUCCCCCGGCGCGCGUCCAUAGCUUCCUCCAUGGAUCUCUCCUCUCACCUCCAGCUUCUCAAAGCUCAGCCUUUAUGGCUCCUUCUCCUCUCCCUUCUUGGCCUCUUCUACAUCCUCAAGCUCUCCUUCUCCUUCAUCCUGUGGUUCUACUUGAUCUUCCUCCGUCCCGCCAAGAAUCUCAGGCGCUACGGCUCCUGGGCCAUCGUCACCGGCUGCACUGAAGGCAUCGGCAAGUCCUUCUCUUUCCAGCUCGCCCGCAAGGGCCUUAACCUCGUCCUCGUCGCCCGCAACCCAGACAAGCUUGCCGCCGUCUCUAAUGAGAUCCUUGCCAAGUACCGUAAGGUUCAGAUCAAGACUAUGAUCAUUGACUUCUCCGGAGACCUUGAUGAUGGCAUCAAGAGACUCCUGAAGACGAUUGAUGGGUUGGAUGUUGGGAUUCUUGUGAACAACGCUGGGAUCUCCUAUCCCUAUGCCAAGUACUUCCAUGAAGUGGAUGAGGAGCUUGUGAAGAGCCUCAUCAAGGUGAAUGUUGAGGCGGUGACGAGGGUCACGCAUGCCUUGUUGCCCGGGAUGUUGGAGAAGAAGUGCGGCGCUAUUGUAAACAUUGGUUCUGGGGCUGCUACUGUUCUUCCUUCUGAGCCGCUUUACGCUGUCUAUGCGGGCACCAAAGCGUACAUUGAUGAGUUCUCUAAAUCCCUUCAUGUUGAGUAUAAGAACAAGGGAAUUGAUGUGCAGUGCCAGUUGCCUUUAUAUGUUGCGACGAGAAUGGCAUCCAUCAAGAGGGCCUCCUUCUUUGCGCCAUCAUCAGAUACAUACGCCCGAUCUUCCGUAGCAUGGAUAGGCCUUGGAUCAAGUUGCACACCAUACUGGCCGCACUCCGUCCAGUGGUGCUUCGUAGCAAUGCUGCCAGAGAGUGUUGUCAAUAAAUGGCGUCUUGGAUUUUGCCUUAACAUCCGUAAGAGAGGUCUGCUCAAGGAGUCAAACAAGAAAGCCCUUUGAUCUAUAUUGUUCAAGAUAUUUAUCUAGUUCAGUAACUUGUUGUUCUAAUACGAUAUGGAUCGACACUCUUUGUUUGAAGGGUUGUUUGUAGUCUUUGGAAGCGGUAUGAAGAUCAGAGAAAAGGUCCUAUGGUUGGAAGAUUUCUUUGGAUUUCUUUUUGAGUUAUAGCUAUCAAGUAUGUAGAACAGGGAAUUUGAUUCUUCUUAUUUGGGUCUUUGGAUUUGGUCACAAUCCUUGGAGUUCCAAUUUGAUGAGUUUUUUAGUGGUAAUUCUCUUACUGUCCAUCUGUUGAUGUUAUUCUUUUAUAAUAAGAUUUUUGGGAAACAGUGGUUUAAUUA